UUGCCAUCACAGGUCGCCUGUGGUCGGUCGGAAGCUAGUCGAGUAGAGAGUCUCUGUGCCAGUAAUCUCAGUCUGGAAUUAUCAUUGGAAGCCGAAGGGAUCGACUGUGAGACGAGACUCCGCUACCAAUUUGUAGCGGAGACAAGAGAUUUUCAUCACUGGCGGAGAGGGGGAGAACACCGUCAAGGGAACGUAAAUACUCAUUAGAGUCUCCCCUUUCGAUUACGGACGUUGAUGUAAACAUUCAUUAUAAUCAACGUGGUUUAGAAAGAAAGUUAUUGCUAGGUUAGCGUGGGGAGCACCGUUCUUCCAGCCCUAUCGCCAUCUCCAGCACUCAAAUCAACAGCCGUGUCUUCCUCACGAUGGGGAACGCUGCAACCGCCAAGAAAGGCAACGAGCUGGAGAGCGAGACUUUUGUGAAAGAGUUUCUAGCCAAAGCCAAAGAAGAUUUCCUGAGAAAAUGGGAAUGUCCGCCACAGUGUACGACUGGCUUAGAUGACUUUGACAAACUGAAAACGUUGGGCACUGGCUCCUUUGGCAGAGUCAUGUUGGUAAAACUCAAAGGAUCAGAGCAGUUCUACGCUAUGAAAAUCCUGGACAAGCAGAAGGUGGUGAAACUCAAACAAAUCGAACACACACUCAACGAAAAGAGAAUAUUGCAAGCUGUCUCCUUCCCCUUUCUUGUCAGAUUGGAGUUUGCUUUCAAAGACAACUCCAACUUGUAUAUGGUGAUGGAAUAUGUACCAGGAGGAGAGAUGUUCUCACACCUUCGAAGAAUUGGGAGGUUCAGUGAACCACACGCACGAUUUUAUGCAGCUCAAAUAGUCCUGACCUUUGAGUACCUCCACUCGCUAGACCUCAUCUACAGAGAUCUGAAGCCGGAGAACCUGCUCAUCGACCAGCAUGGUUACAUCCAGGUCACAGACUUUGGCUUUGCCAAAAGAGUGAAGGGCAGAACUUGGACAUUGUGUGGAACCCCAGAGUACCUGGCACCAGAGAUCAUCCUCAGCAAGGGCUACAACAAAGCUGUGGACUGGUGGGCGCUGGGAGUGCUUAUUUAUGAAAUGGCAGCUGGCUAUCCCCCGUUCUUCGCCGACCAGCCCAUCCAGAUCUAUGAGAAAAUUGUGUCUGGAAAGGUACGAUUCCCAUCCCAUUUUAGUUCAGAUUUGAAAGACCUGCUGAGGAAUCUGCUGCAGGUAGACCUGACCAAGCGUUUCGGUAACCUGAAGAAUGGAGUGAAUGACAUUAAGAACCACAAGUGGUUUGCCACAACAGAUUGGAUCGCCAUCUAUGAGAGAAAGGUAGAGGCUCCCUUCAUACCAAAGUGCAGAGGCCCCGGGGACACAAGCAACUUUGAUGACUAUGAGGAAGAGGACAUUCGCGUCUCUCUAACAGAGAAAUGUGCAAAAGAGUUUGCAGAGUUUUAGUGAGUGAGAACAUGGGUACAUCAGGGCUAAUAUGUAGAUUAACAACACAAGAAAAAAAAAGGGGAUCUUUGCACUCUAAAGACAUGGGGUGGAGCCACGACCACAACAUCAAUCAAAAAAUUCUUGAGUAGUUCCUUCAUUCCACAUGGCUAACAGGAGGUCACCAUGAUUCUCGUGCCCAGCAGGCACUUAAACGUCAUACACUGGCACAGUAAAGCAGACACAUCACUUUUUCAUUUGGACCCCCUUUACCCUACCAAGCCCUGCCCCCUGGUUAAUCAGCCUGGAAGCAGUCUUUGUUGUCUUGGAUGUUGUGUUCCCUAUUAAAAUGGUGGUAUUUUGCAGAGAAAAAAAUGGGAGAGAGAAAUAAAUGAAGAUUUUUUUGACAAAUGCAGAACCUGAAAAGACAAAGGCCAAUUUAACAUCGCUAUGUGUCAACACAGUGUAACUUAUUAGCCUAAUGUUCCUGGCAGUAUCACACUGUUUUGUGUGACUUGAAAGGAAGGUGGGUGGGAGGGUGGGUGGGUGUUGCCUCCAGUUCUUCAGUUCUGUCUGUUACGCGUCAGUUCUUUUUCUUUUCUUUUCUUUUCUUUUCUUUUCUUUUUUUAAGUACUAUUAAGAGAGAGAGAGAAAAACUCAUACCUCAGACUAGACCACUGAUGAAUCUUUUGGCCAGCCUUCAGUAGUAUUUGUUUUUUUUUUUUUUUUCUGUGCAUAUCUGUUUGUUCAAUAUAGUAUGUUUUUAAAAUAAAAGAAAAAGACCACGAGUGUUAAAAGCAUGACCAAAACGAGAGCGAAGUGGAUGGCAGAAGAGGAGUGCCUUAGAGCUUCCUCUGUACUUGCCUUAGCAACUCAUUACCACCAAACCCAGAGAGCGUUCAUCCUCAAGCCUCCCAUCACCCUAGCAAUCUCAGCUUGUUAACUGCAGUGAAAGAGUAGCAGCAAUAGGGAGAUGGGAAGAGCAACACUUUAGCCGAAAUGUACCCAGGCAAUUCAAGCAGCCAAAUUCUAUUCAAAGCACAAUGGUGUUUGGCGGCAGCAGUGACCUAAUACAAAUUCAGGUGUGUGAAUUUUGUGAAUUUGGCUCAUUCAAUAUGUUGACAUGCAUUGUUACAUUAGGCUGUUUAAUGUUUUAAUUUGAAAACUGAACUUGUCAGAAAAAGUACACCCAUGGGAAGUAGCCCUUAGAAAACCCAAAUGUCAAUUUAAGUUCACACUCUCCUUUAUAUCAAGUUUUUGAGGCCUCCAGACUAUACCCAGGGUAUGAAACUAUUGGAGAUCCAUUUGAGCCCUGGUGCCAGAUCUAGUAUUGCUAUUUGCAGGACUGGUCAAGACUUUCCUUUUUAUUUCAAGCUGUUUUGCUCACGCUGUUUUGCAAAGUUCUAUGACAGAAAUUGUAAAGCUGCCAAGAUUCCAUGCUUUCCCCCAUUGUUGCAAUUGACCUGUCUGUCUUUGUUUUAUCCUUUUGACCGAAUGUAGAGUUACAACUCUUAGGUAUGCAUAUUGUUUUUAAAUGCUUGAUUUUCAAGGUACAUUCUCACAUACAACACACACUUUUAUGACAAGAAAGUGAUGAAGAUGAAAAACAAGCUGAGGUUUGUUAGCCUCUGCUCCUUUGUAUCACAUAUAAUCCAGUUAUUGUUCAGCUCAUAACAUAAUGCAUAUAUGCAUUGUUUCUUAUAUAUGUUUUUAUUUAUACACAUAUUAGAGAGAUGCUAAUAAAUUUUAUUUUUAAAAUUGCA